CUCCUUUGCAGCCAAUGGCACUAAGCGAGGUGGCUGCAUGUGGUGGCGCGGACCCAGCGCCCGGGCUGGGAGAGGAGGAGGCGGCAGCCGGCUCUGCUCUCCGCUUGCUCCCAGCUCCCGCUCCGCGGCUGCGGGCACUCCUCCUGUCAGCGGCGGCCAGCCGCACGCCGCACGCCCCAAGCCGCCCCUCGGUGCCUCUGCCCCGCCGGUUCCGGCAGCAUGGACUCGGACUCCGCGGAGCUCAGCGAAGGCGAGCUGGUCUCGCCUGCAGGUCCUGAUUAUUUCAGUUCCAAGAAUCUCGCACUGCAAGCCCAGAAAAAGAUCCUGAGUAAAAUGGCAACCAAAACCAUGGCUAACAUGCUCAUCGAUGACACAAGCAGCGAAAUCUUCGAUGAGCUGUACAAAGUAACAAAGGAACAUACGAGAAACAAAAAGGAAGCCCAUAAAAUUAUGAAAGACCUGAUUAAAGUGGCAAUAAAAAUUGGGAUCCUGUAUCGAAAUAAUCAGUUCAACCAAGAAGAGCUGGAAAUCGUAGACAAGUUCAGGAAGAAGCUGAACCAAACUGCCAUGACAAUUGUCAGUUUCUAUGAGGUAGAGUACACGUUUGACAGAAAUGUUCUUGCAGAACUUCUGAAUGAAUGUAAAGACCUUGUGCAUGAACUGGUAGAUCGACACCUGACACCAAGAUCCCACGGGCGCAUCAACCACGUCUUCAACCACUUUGCAGAUGUGGAGUUUCUAACUGCCCUGUACAGUCUUGAUGGGGAUUGUCGGCCAUACCUCAAAAAGAUCUGUGACGGCAUCAACAAACUACUUGAUGAGAAGGUCCUUUGAAACUACGCUCCAAACCAAUAAACCAACCAAAAACUUCUCUCUAGAACUGGCCACCCUUCAUGAGCUGCGGUGAGCAAGCAAGCUUCCUUCCCACCACUCUCUUAGUACAGUCUCCAGCAAGGGCCAGAAAGUGCUCACCAGGCUCAUGAUGAACUUCAAUCAGAAAGCUAUCAAUUUUAAUGUUUUGUUCCAAUAACUCACUCUUUUCCAAGAAGUGGAGCGAACAAGGCUGCCGAUACCUAUUGUUCAGAAAGAGAUUGCUACACACCACAAUCUUACUACCUUUGUGUUCAAGGCUGAACAUGGGAAAAGAAAGUAAACUCAAGUGCAUGGCUAUGUAAAACUAGACAGGUGAAGGCUAAAGAGCAACGCAUGGAAUUUAUCCCCACGCCUUGAGUGCAUAUGUUUUUAUUAUCUCCAUGAAAAAGCUUAGACAGAAAGUAGGGUUGUACUGGAUUAAGCUCACUCCUUCCAGAAGGAUCAGGAAUCAAUAUGAGAAGCCAUCUCUGAUUUUGCAUGGUAUUUAAGUCUGAUAGGGGAAUAACAAAUAAUGCAAACUGAGUAGAAGUGGGAGAAAAUUUAAAGAACUGGUCUAUGAAGCAAUGCUUUCAUUAGAGAGUUUUGGUUCAUACCUGCUAACAUAGGGAAGAUUUCAUUUUAAAUUGGAAAAGCAGCUUAAUAGUUCAAGCUCAAAGGUAACCAGAAAACUAGGUAUAGUAGUACAUCAGUUUCCCCACUCUCAGGGUUUGUGUAUUUGGUAACAUCAGACAAGUUUAGGCUGAAGGUUGUGCUGCUCUUUGUGCUCUUACUACUUUGCCUGACAGAACAAAACAUUCUUUGUGAGGAUUUUGAAAUUGCACUUGGGAAGAGGAACAUGACUAAGACACCAAUGGAGUGACACCAAUGGAGCAACGUUUACAUUCUCUAUCCUCAAAAUACUCAGCCUAGAUAAAACUCUCAGUUUAAUGUGUCCACGACGUUAAUUUGUGCCUACAGUAAACCAGAGGUGUGAUGAAGCCCGACUCAUGCUUGCAGUGCCAUCCAGUGGUAGUACAUCUGCAGUAGCCUGAAGAGAACAGUCCUAGCCACGCCGUGGAGCUUCAUGGAUGACUUUUUUUUUCUUCAGAAUGUUGUCAGUGACUUUUUUUUUUCUUCCCCCUUUUUUAAACUAAACAUACUGAUGUCUGCAAUCUGGAAACAUUUUGCAAAGAAAUAUUGGUUUCUGUCCAGUUUUGUUAGGAUUAAGGGAGAACGGGAGUAGAGCAGAUACACAAGUUUGCCACUUUUAGGAUCCUGCAACUGGGAUGGUGCUGACCGACCCCAAGUAAAGGAAGUGUGUUUGGAAAUCUCUCCUUGCCCUCUACAUGUUAUCCUCCAGCCUCACCUGUAUCUAUUGGCAUUUCAGUGUCAUGUAGCUCCUUUUAGUUGGCACAGCAGACAAUCCCAUUAUCUGGAGAUUGUUACCAUAUCACAUAUAAUAUAGAGAUGCACAUACUUGAAAAUUGACGAAGACAAGAAAAUAUAGUUGAAAGCCAUUCCUCUCUAAGGAGAGCUUCCAGUGUUGAUAAUUUAUUACUCUAGGAUUAAAAAAAUUCAUGUUUCUCAUUUCUUAAGUACUAUGGUGGUAGAGAAAACUGCUCAAAAUUUUAUUCUACUUCGUCUGUCUUUCCUCAUCCCAGAAUAACUUUUCUCUCUUACGACAACAGUUCUGACUAUCACACCAUUAUACAGAGAAUACACACACACAGAUCACAUAUUCACUUGGGUUCUGCUACAUGGAUUUUUAUCUGUUCCGAGGAGAAAUCAUUUGGAGCACAGUAAAAAUGGCAGCACAAGAUAUUAGCAGAGCAGCUUGUAACGAUGUAAAUUUCCCCCUCAUCUUUCCUUUAACCAUAAAAAUUACAAUUAGCAUCAAUGAAGGUGGACAACUCCUUUGCAACACAACACAGUAACGAAACACUAACAUCUGGAGUUGCAAGCUCAGCCAUUUGCAGAGUCAUACUUACAUGCACCAUUAGCUGCAUUUUUUCCAAGCACGUACUUGUCAAUCGAUGCUUUUGAACAGUAUUUAUUGUAUCCAACACUCCUGUCUCAGUGCACAUUUCAGAUUUUGUGUGUUUGUUUCACUUGUGGCAAACAAAUUUAAGAUUUUUUUUUUUUUUUUUUUAAAGCCAGAAGAAAGGAUUAUUCAACAUUCAAGAUGUCCAAAGGAAAGGGAUCUCUGUGACUUUCUAUUUGUGUGUUGCAAGUAUCAAUAUUCAGAUUCUGGUAUUUUAGACACACCAGCUGAACAUUUGUUGUUUUAUUUAUAAAUCUCAGUAGCCUUAAGGAAAGAGAUGUUUUCAAGUAUUUCUCAUACUUGCAUAUCCUGUAUAUCCAUUGUUUACUUUUGUACUUGUAGUUUGGUAUGUAAUAACAUUGCUAAAAUACGGGCAAUGUUCAGGUCACCUUAAGUAUAUGAUGUAUUAUCAUAUUUGUGGAUUAAAAAUGCGUGAUUACUGCC